AUGAUUGCAAUGGGUUUCGUGAUGGAGGGACUACAGUUUGAUCCACAGCAUUGGCAAAACGUACUUGUGAUCGGCUUAGGAGGUGGAACUGUGUGCAACUUUUUCGGUGCUGCCAAGUCCCUAAGGGUGAACCUCACAACAGUUGAAUUGGACCCACUCAUGGUGACAAUAGCGAAUGAAUGGUUUGGGCUGCAUGAAACGCCAGUUAACACUGUUAUUGUUGAGGACGGAGUGAAAUUCCUUCAUGAAGCUGCUGAGCGAGGCGAAAAAUAUAAGUCACUCAUUCUUGACGCCUGCAAUCAUGGCAAGCAGUCGAUAAUCUGCCCGGCGGAAGAGUUUAUGAAACCUAGGGUAAUACAGGAUAUGGCAAAGGUACUCGAUAAACAUGGUGUGGUCACAGUGAAUAUUCUAUGCUCAAGAGAUAGUAUAGCAAAUGAAGAACACCUCCUUUCAAAAUACAGAGAGCAUUUCACAUCGUGUUUUCUCCUUCGAUACAAUAACUUACAACGGCUGCUCGUCUGUACACAAAGAGAAGGAUGGAGCUUCACGCUGCAAAAGGAGCGCUUCAUGCAGAAAUUCCGAGAAAUCGAUCAUCGUUUCAAAUUCGGACUAAGCGACCUCAUCUCCAAGCAGAACUGA